UACAGUCCUACGUCUGGUUUUCCACUCUACGCCGAAAUGUCUUUACUUCAGACGUAUCAACCUGGAUGCACGAGCUCAAGAGUCGUUGAUGAUCAGAUUCUGAUUCCAUCUCCAUCUCUGUUGGCAGGUACCAAUACCGUCCGACAAACAGCGUUUCUCUUCCAUUCUGGCCGAACCUAACUAGUACCCGGGACGGUAUCCAUAUCUCUCAUCCAAUGCAGUACGACUCUACACGACAGGACUCCAAAUAUGGAAAAAGAUACUCGCCUCCUCACUUAUCUGAAGCUCGGCCGCCUGCAAUGCGCGACUGGAGCUAAGCUGUUGGGUGAAACAGGGUUACACGCACAUCCCCACGCAGUCUUGCUGUGACGGACGCACACACAAGCCAUGCAGGUUCCUUGCAGAAGCAUUGCAUCGUUUCUCGGAACCAUCCGAUUUUUCAUCCUUUGCCGCUCUAUUUAAGCCCCACUUGGAUCCUAGCCAGGCUCUUCCACUUUAUCUAACCCGACGCCACAAAGUUUCCGCCGCAUUUCUAUCUUCCCCACAUCGACCCACCUGUCUUCCUAUCAUCAUGAAAUUCUUUAUCCCAUCUCUCGCGGUUCUUGUUUCACUCGUACUCGCACACACAGUCAGCGCAGCUUUCAUCCCCGCAGACCCCACCGAAGCGGAAGCUAUCGGUCUGUCCCCACAAAUCGCAGGGCAACUCGUCGCCACUGAGGUCGCCCGAUGAAGGGAUUGUCCUCCGAUCUACUACGACGAGGUCUAUGCCUUUCGAGACUUCGCUAUGUACAUGGGAGAUCGGAUCUUAGACUGUCGGAGUGCCUAUACCAAGACAUAAAUGACUUUGCACGAGUUGUGGACCUCUAAGCCGCCUUCGAUUCGAGGAGUGUACUCUAUAUGAUUAUGGAUUUGUUGUGGAUCAUCUUGUGUACUGUAUGAAGUUGAUUCCUUGUGGGAUUCCAUCAUUUGGGCCAGAAACUUUGCUCCUACAGAGAAUAUUGUAACAGAGAGCAAUAAA